AUGUGUGAGACCUGGGUAGAAGAGAGUGGAUGGGAGCACUUGAAAGAUAGGAUGCCUGAAUCGCAUGAAUGGAUUUGUAGUUUUGCAAGGAAGGAAAAAAACAAAGGAAGGGCGAGAGGAGGAUUUAUAAUAGGCAAGAGGAAAGAGGAAGUAGGAGAAAGCAAUAGGAUAACGAUAAUAAAAGAGAAAGAGGGAAUGGUGAUGACAGAGAUAGCUUGGGAGAAUGAGAAACAGAAAAUUAUCUCAGUUUACGGGGCACAAGGAGGAAAGGAUUUGAAGAAAAAGUUAGUGGAACUUAUAGGAGAAGAGGAGGAAGGAAAUAUAAUAAUAGGAGGGGACUUUAAUGUAAGGAUAGGAGAACUAGGAGAUUAUGUAAUUGUAAGAGUAGAUAUAAGAGAUAGAAUUUAUAAGUUUAGAGUAGGGGACAGAGUGGACUCAGACCACAUGCCUUUGGAGAUGGAGUUCAGCGGGGGAGAAGAAGAAAUGGAUCCAAAAGAAGAACAAGAACAAGAGGAAGAAGAGGACGUAAAGAUAGAAACGAUUUUAUGGGAUGACAAGGCGAAGGUGAUGUACGCAGAAAGGACGGAGGAAUUGUGUAACACGGAAGAGCUGGAAGAAAAGGAAUCGGACACAUUAGAAGAAGAAUGGGAAAAAAUAAAGAAGAUUGUAAAGGAAGCAAUGGUGAAGAAAAGAAUAAAGAGAAGGAAGAAAGAGCUGGGUCAUAAAAAUUGGUGGGACAGAAGCUGCACCAGAAAGAAGAGAGAGGUAAAAAGAAUCUACAAGAAAUGGAGGAAAGGAAGAAUAGGAAGAGACAGAUAUAUGAAGGAGAAAAGAAAUCUGAAAGAACUGCUAGAGAAGAAACAAACGGAGAAGAGGAGAAAGGAAGAGGAGGAACUGAGAAAGAUGAAAAAUGAAGCAGACAAUGAAGUGUGGAAAUAUAUAAAUAGGAAGAGAGGGAGGAGAACAACGACGGACAACAAAAUAGGAAAGGAAGAAUGGAGAAAACACUUUAUGGACCUUGACGGUUCGGAGAUGGGCCUGAUGGAAAGGAGAAUAAGGAGGGAGGAGAAACAGCAGCAGGAAAAAGAAGAGGAAGAAAUAGUGGAGGCAGAAAUAAUUAAAGCAGUAGGCAAAUUGAAGGUCAAGAAAGCGGCAGGUAUUGAUGGGAUUCCGGCAGAGGCAUGGAAGUACGCGGGCAAAGAACUUUGGAAAAGGCUGGUGAAGAUAAUGAAACGGAUUUGGUAUACAGGAAAGAUGCCAAACGAUUGGAGAAUGAGCAUAAUUAUGCCGUUAUAUAAAAGCGGAGAGAAGGAGAAGGCCAGCAACUACAGAGGUAUCUCUAUUCUUUGCUCGGCGUAUAAGAUCUAUGCGGAAAUUAUCAGAAACAGACUGGAGAUGGAGGUGGAAGAUUGA